AUGGUGCAUACGGCGUCCAGUGUUAGUCUCAUUCCGCCGUCUCAAUUCUCCUACCAAGAGGUUGCGACUAAGUCGGAGCCACUACCCGAGGAGUCGCAAUUGCCCUUUAAAAUCGAAUCUCCCUCCGCUUCCCCCCAAUCCUACCACAAUGGUCCUUUAGCCGCCGAUGACGAUUUGCCGAAACCCGAGGGUUUGAAGGACGAAAAUGCGGACGGAGAAGCCCUUCCCAUCAGGCAACCCAAACUCUCAAAACGCAAAGAAAGCAAACGUUCUUGGCGUCUUAGCGAACCUUUCACUGUACGUUUUCCUUGUUUGGCAACUUAUGCCAGAAUACGACUUGGUGAAAUAUUAAUUGAAUGUGACUCUGUAUACUAA